GCCCGGAGCCGUCUUCCUUCCUGUCAGAGGCGGUGCUACAGUACUUGGCAUUGGGAUUGCCCGCUCCUCCUCAGUGUCAUUCCGGACAUCAAAAUGGCUGACAAGCUGGUACCUUUGGCUGAGAAGAGACUGCUGGAUGUUAAGGUCGGUCAGCUUCCCAACUGGCUUGCCACUUGUAAUUUCACUCCAAAUGGAGUUUUGGCCGGUGUAAGAAGGGGUUAUGAUCGAUAUUAUAACAAAUACAUCAAUGUGAAAAGAGGGGGCAUUGGAGGGAUUGCCAUGGUACUUGUUAGUUAUGUAGCUUUGAGCUACGCCUGGCAAUAUGAUCACAUCAAACAUGACCGCUGGAGAAAGUAUCACUGACCAAACAAGAACCCUGGAUUUUUUGUUGUUACUCUGUAACCAGAUCUGAAAUAAUAAAUAUUUCUACUUCA